UUUCAUCAACCGUAACCCACACACUUGAAUCCAAAGCCUAUUAUCCUGCCUUCCCAAUUCCCAUAGUAGCUGGCUUCCGGCUAUUGCUAUUUCCUUACUCACGCUGCCACAAGCUGGUGUUUAUUUUGAAGCUUCGAUUGGUGAUUUUCAAGCUUCAUGUUACUAAGGCUAACUUGCCAUUUAUAAAAUCCAGUUUUUGCUCAAAUACAGCCGCGGCUAGUAUAAUCUCAGGAGCGAUCAAAUUUUGAAUGGUUUAUAAACUUAUCUACGAAUCAUAUAUCAUAAAUUUAUCAAGAUGGCUUCUCCGCGAGGAGGAUGCUUGACAGAUACUAAUGUGUUCAUGGAACUUGCAAUACAGCAGGUAUUUGCUGAGGCAAAAAUAGCUUUGGAUGUCCUUGAAGUUCCUGUUGGCUGUGUGAUUGUUGAGGAUGGGAAGGUUGUAGCAUCUGGGAGGAAUCGAACUACUGAGACACGAAAUGCUAAUAGGCAUGCAGAAAUGGAAGCUAUAGAUGAUCUUCUGGAACAGUGGCAGAAAAAUGGACUUUCAACCUCUGAAGUUGCUGGAAAAUUCUCAAGCUGCAGCCUUUAUGUUACAUGUGAACCGUGCAUAAUGUGUGCGUCAGCUUUAUCAAUUCUAGGUAUAAAGGAGGUAUAUUAUGGAUGUGCAAAUGAUAAAUUUGGAGGAUGUGGAUCAAUAUUGUCGUUACAUUUAGGCAACAAUAUAAAUAAUGAAGUAAAACCAGGAAAUGGUUUCAAAUGUACAGGGGGCAUAAUGGCAUCAGAAGCAGUCCUCCUUCUGCGGACAUUUUAUGAACAAGGAAAUCCAAAUGCUCCAAAGCCUCACAGGCCACUAACUCGCCAGCUGUGAAGUUGAAAUUGAAAUGACAAUGUUGUUAAGGCUACUACACACAUCACACAUGAUUCAUGAUGGUACACCGGGAUUCUGCUUUGCUGUGGCAUAGUGCUUUCAAGCAGGAGAAGCAGCCGAUGCAUGGUCCAACGGAACUUUUUGGAUCAAAGAAAGAUGAAUUAAAUGCCAUUACUGUAAGUGAAUGUUGCUGCAUUAGAAGUGCAAAUUAAUUGC